GCUUCUUAACAUUUGAACUAACACUGCCCAGCGUCGAUUCCCACAACGCGCCUUUUGCGGAAUAUCCACAAGAAAUUCCCCAUCCACUUAUAAACCUGGAAAGCAGACGCCCCCUUGUUUCCUGACAAUGAGCCGAUCCCCUUUUGCCUCGUUGCGGCGCCUGCAGAUGGAGGCCCUUGUCGCCGUUGGCGCCUGGGCACUCUCAUCUAUUUGUCAGAGUCUCCCUCAAGGUAGCAGCAUACGCGGUAUGCUCUACAACCGGGGGCUUCCCGACUUCGAUCUAUCCCCAUUAGUGCCCAAACUCUCGCCCACCGCACGCGUGAUUUAUCCGAACGAGACCACUGCCUUUGAUUUGGCGACAUCUCGAUGGUCCUCAUAUGAGACCCCAACGAUCAGCGUCGUGGUUGUUCCCAGCACUGAGAACGACGUCGCAGAGACGGUGAAAUUUGCGGCCGAGUUCAACAUACCUUUCCUAGCCGUCAACGGCGGCCAUGGGGCAAUCAGCUCGGUCGGCAGGAUGCAAAGCGGAAUCGAGAUCUGGAUGAAUCAGCUGCAGAGCGUGGAGAUCGCAGGGGACGGCAAAACCGCGACUAUUGGUGGUGGCGCAUUGUCCACGAACGUCACGAAAGCGCUCUGGGCCGCCGGAAAACAGACAGUUACCGGAGCAUGUGAGUGCACGAGUAUCCUUGGGCCAGGCCUUGGAGGAGGCCAUGGGUGGCUGCAAGGCCGUCAUGGUCUAGUCUCCGAUCAGUUCGUUUCGAUGAACAUUGUUCUUGCCGAUGGGACCUUGACCACUAUCGAUAGCUCAUCCGACCUCUGGUGGGCUAUGCAAGGAGCUGGUCACAAUUUCGGUAUUGUGACUUCGGUCACGUCCAAGAUAUACGACGUUGAGUACGCCGACUGGGCCUACAAAUCCUACAUUUUCACUGGCGACAAGUUCACCGACGUCUACAAUAACGUGAACAAACAUCUCUUCAUGGAUGGAAAUCCACCGGUGGACAUAGCCAAUUACGCAUUUCUAUACAAUGAUCCAACCACCAGUGACAAGCCUCUUCUCAUGUUCUACAUUCUCCAGGAGGGAGUCACAAUUGUAGACUCUCAGUAUACCACGCCUUUCGAUGAACUCGGACCCACAACCGCAAACGCCGCCUCCGGUAGCUAUACUGAAAUCCCCACUUGGACUGCUAUGAGCCUGGACGACAUUGUUUGUCAGGAUGCAGGGACUGCUGGGCUAAGGUUCCCAGUAGAUCUCCUAGAGUAUAACGUCACUGCGCUGAAGAACGCUUAUGAUAUCUUCGCCACUGCCACUGAGGAAACUCCCGCGCUCAAUGGGUCCAUUUUCUUGUUCGAAGGGUACGCUCUCCAAGGCGUACAGGCCGUACCCCAGGAGUCCACUGCGGUGAGCUUCCGAGGAGAUCGCCUGCUCGUGGCGCCGGUUCUAGUGUUUGAGCCAGAUGGAGGAGCCCUUGACGCCAAGGCCAUUUCGGUCGGCCAGGAGAUUCGCGAUGCCAUUCGUGAAGGCACGGGUCGUGACGAGUUCCACGCGUAUGUCAACUACGCCUUCGGUACGGAGACUAAGCAGGAAAUGUACGGCUACGAGCAGUGGCGGCAGGACAGGUUGUUGGAACUCAAGGACAAGUACGACCCGCAACAGAGGUUCAGCUUCUACGCGCCGAUAGCGUAG